AUGGAGGUCUUGGUGGGGUUUUUGAUGGCCACUGUGACCCGGACGCUGACACAGAUGAUUGAUCCCGGCACGUCAGCACAGGGCAGUCCUCUCCUGGCCUCGCUCCCGGUCCCAGGACGAGCGCUGCAGCCGCAGUUGGACAUCAAGCACCUUCUGCCCUUCAGGUUGAAUGGAUCCUCUCCGCUCAGCCUGUUUCCUAACUUCAACACGAUGGAUCCGGUGCAGAAAGCGGUGAUCAACCACACAUUUGGCGUCCCUCAGCCUCUGAAGAAGAAGCAGAUUAUCUCCUGCAAUAUCUGCCACCUGCGCUUCAAUUCCACGAACCAAGCCGAAGCCCAUUACAAAGGCCACAAACACGCCAGGAAGCUCAAAGCCAUAGAGGCGCAGAAGAACCGCCAGAAGAGGGCAGCAGAGGGUCUGUCCUCGGCCCGCGACAAAGAGCGGGACCGAGACCGAGGGAAGACCGCCGCCCCUGAAGCCACAAUACAAAUGCACAUGGACACAAGCCUAGAGACCACACUUGUCCAGUCCGAUCUGGAGACGGUGACUUUGGACUUGCAGCUGGAGCAGAGCACAAAGAGCUCCCUGAUGCUGACCCCGGAGUCCGAGGCUUCGUCCGUGGAGCUGGUCUCGCUCUCUCCUCUUGAAACCUCUCCGUCGUAUCCCAUCUCAGAGACGGCCUCGGACACCAGCGCCCCCGAAGGACCGGAGGGGGACGAGCCGGCGGACCCCAGCGCGCAGGGGGAGACGUCGAGCACCACGGACGAGACGCAGACGGACGAGGAAAACAAGAAGAGUAAAUCCACGCUGCACUGUCCUGUGUGUAAGGUCACCGUCAACUCGGCCUCGCAGCUGGAAGCACACAACAGCGGUACAAAGCACAAGCUGAUGCUGGAGGGUCAGACCGUGGUGCCCCGGAGGAGGGGGAAGGUGCUGUCCACUCGGGCCGGCAGCAGGAGCAAGAGGCUGGGCACCAAGGGCAGCGUGGGCGUCUCCAGCAAGAGCUACCAGUGCGACGUGUGCGAGAUCUCCGUCAACUCCGAGACACAGCUCAGCCAGCACAUGAACAGCAGAAGGCACAAGGACAGACUGGCCGGAAAACCUCCCAAACCCAAAUUUACCCCUCACAGCAAGACCCAGCCCAGCUCCAGCUUAGCGAGCGUGAGGUGGAGCGGUUAUGCCGGCGUGGCUGUUUCCGCCAUGAAGAAAGCUUACAGCCAGUUCACCAUCAACUCUCUCUCCUCUCAGACCAAGCUGGCGUUGCAGAAGCAGCUGACCAAGAGCCUGAGCACGUCCGGGUUCCUGCCCAGCCCUCUAUCCUCUCACCCAGCUCUGUGCACCAUGGCCUCGGCCGCUAACCACCUGACCCUGCGCCACCCCAUGGGCACCGCGGCGUUCAUCCAGACGCCCUUCCUCAGCCCCGCCCUGUUCAGACCGGCCCCAGGACCUCUGCGGGCCACACACACACCCAUCCUCUUCUCUCCCUAUUAA